AUGUCAACUUUUGGUAUGUGCAGAGAGACAGUGUGCAAUGGAAGUGAGAGAGAGACACUGUUGAAGUUGAAACAUCAUCUCAUUGAUCCUUCAAAUAGACUUUCUUCUUGGAAUGCUUCUCUCAAUCCCAAUUGCUGCCACUGGUAUGGAGUUCUCUGCCACAACGUCACAUCUCAUGUUGCAGAACUUCACCUCACCACUCCACCUCCUCUUUACGAUGAGAGCCUAGGUUAUUAUGUUUAUGAAGAAGCAUACAAAGAGUAUAGUAGAAGGGCAUUCAGUGGAGAGAUAAAUCCUUCUUUGGUUCAUUUGAAGCAUUUGAAUUACUUGGAUUUCAGCAACAAUCUAUUUUAUAGGAAGCCAUUUCCUUCUUUGAUUGCAACAAUGACUUCCUUAACUCACCUCAACCUUUCUUAUGCUGAAUUCAUAGGGAACAUUCCUCCUCAGAUUGGAAAUCUCUCCAAUUUACUUUAUCUUGAUUUAAGUUAUGCUGUCAACGGAAGAAUUACUUCCCAUAUAGGGAAUCUCUCCAACUUGCUCCACCUCCAACUCAGAGGAUAUUAUUAUGGAAAUGUUGAUUGGCUGUCAAGUCUUUCCAAGAUUUCUUAUCUUCACUUGGGGAACCUACAAUUGUCAGGAUGUACACUCCCUCCGUAUAAUCAGCCAUCUUUUCUUAAUAUCUCGUCUAUCGUCACUCUUGAUCUUUCUACAAUUUCUUUUGUUCCAAAGUGGAUAUUUGGACUGAAAAAACUUGUUUCUCUUUUCUUAUAUAGUAACUACUUUGAAGGUCCAAUUUCCGAUGGUCUUCGAAACCUCACACUACUUGAAAAUCUUUACUUGAGAGGAAAUUCAUUCUCCAUUAUACCUGAUUGGUUUUAUAGUAGUUUUCCUAGUCUAAAGAUCUUGGACCUAUCAGAAAACAACUUACAAGGGACUAUUUCUGAUGCCUUAGGAAAUAUGACUUCUCUGGUUGUACUUGAUUUGUCUUACAAUAAACUUGAAGGUCCAAUUCCAACUUCUUUUGGUAUUUUUCAUGGAUUGACAACACUCCGAGUUCAAAGUUCUCACCUAUCAGGAAAUCUUGCAGUAUCACUAGGAAAACUUUCAUCACUAAGAACUCUUUCUCUGUCCAAGAAUCAGCUUAGCGGAAAUCCAUUUGAAAGUCUUAGAUCACUCUCUAAAUUGUCAUAUCUUGAUAUCAAUGAUAAUCAUUUUGAAGGAGUUGUUCUGGAAAAUCAUCUCACAAAUCUUACAUGCUUGAGGGGGUUUUAUGCAGCAGGAAACAAUUUGACUCUAAAAGUGGGUCCCAAAUGGCAUCCUACUUUCCAACUUAUUGAGUUGGAUAUGAGUUCUUGGCAAUUAGGUCCCAACUUUCCUCUAUGGAUCCAAUCACAAGACAAACUUGAUUAUUUAGACUUGUCUAACACUGGGAUUUUAGAUUCUAUUCCCUAUUGGUUUUGGGAAACAUUUUCUCAAACUUCUUUUCUAAAUCUCUCUCGUAAUUAUAUCCAUGGUGAGCUUGGGACUACAUUAAAGAAUCCAAUAUUUGUCCCUGUUGUUGAUCUAAGUGCAAAUAACUUAAGUGGAAAAUUUCCCUCACUUUCAAAUCGUGUGGGUUCAUUGGACCUUUCAAGCAAUUCAUUUUCCAAACCCAUGGAUGAGUUUUUAUGCAAAAAUCAUAAGAAGCCAAUGAAUUUAGAAUUUCUCAAUCUUGCAUCGAAUAACUUAUCAGGGGAAAUACCCGAUUGUUGGGGCAUCUGGCCAUAUCUAAUGGAUGUAAAUUUACAAAGCAAUAAUUUUGUUGGAGAAAUUCCCCAAUCCAUGGGUUCGUUGAUAGAGCUAACGUUUUUACGCAUCCGUAAAAACUUGCUUUCGGGAACAUUUCCCACAGUUUUGAAAAAGAAUAAUAAGUUGAUUUUGUUGGAUCUUGGAGAAAAUGAUUUUUCAGGAACAAUUCCAACUUGGGUUGGAGAAAGUUUUUUACAUAUGAAGGUUCUUAUCCUUCGAUCAAAUAGAUUUUUUGGUCAUAUUCCUAAUAAAAUAUGUGAUAUGAGUCUUCUUCAAGUGUUAGACCUUGCACAAAAUAAUUUCACUGGAAACAUACCUACUUCUUUUAACAACUUGAAGGCCAUGACACAGAUGAACAAGAUCAGUGUUCUUCUUUGGUUGAAAGGAAGAGGAGAUGAAUACAAAAACUUUCUCGGGUUGGUAACAAGCAUUGAUUUGUCAAAUAACAAAUUAGUUGGAGAAAUACCAAGAGAGAUCACAGAUUUAAAUGGUUUGUUAUUUUUGAACUUGUCUCACAACCAACUUAAUGGUCACAUUCCACAAAACAUUGGUAAUAUGGGAUCAUUGUUGUCCAUUGAUUUCUCAAGGAAUAAGCUUUCUGGUGAAAUCCCUCCAACCAUUUCAAAUUUGACAUUUCUAAGCAUGUUAGACUUGUCUUAUAAUAAUUUGAAUGGAAAAAUUCCAACAGGAACUCAGUUGCAAACCUUUGAUGCCUCCAACUUUAUUGGCAACAAUCUUUGUGGCCCACCACUACUCGUCAAGUGCAGCUCCAAUGACAAAAUUCUUAAUUAUGAUCGCAGUGGCAAGAGGUGUGAUAGGCAUGGCGUGAACUUAUUUUUUGUGGGAAUGACAUUUGGAUUUGUGGUGGGAUUUUGGAUAGUAGUUGGUCCUUUGGUCAUUUGUAGAUCAUGGCGCCAUGCCUAUUUUCAUUUCCUUGAUCAUGUGUGGUUCAAACUUCAAUAUUUUUUUUAA